GAAGGUAAACAAGUCUCAAGAAGAAGAAGCAAAUGUGAAACCUUGUAAUAUAUUUAAAAGAAUUGUUAAAAAAAGUUGGCCUACUAAACUACCACAAAAAAUAGUUGUUUCCAAUGUUAUUAGUAAUUGUGUUAAGUUUCAUCAAACCUCUAUCUUAGUGAAUAAAGUGAUAAUUAUCAUUUGUUAUUGUGGUGGAAGCCUUUUUGUCCUAAUUUGAGGAAUCGGCCUGAUAAGAAGAUGGGCUCACAUGAGGCGUAUCUUCUGAAAUGGGACAACUACCUCACUCACAUAGUUAAAGAAUUCCACUCCUUCAAAACUGGCAAUGAGCUGGUUGACGUCACCUUAAGUUGCCAAGGCAAACGGAUUGGAGCUCACAAAAUGUUACUGUCUGCAUGCAGCCCGUACUUUAAGGAUCUAUUCAGGGAAAAUCCCUGUAAACACCCAAUUGUUAUCAUCCAGAAUGUUAAAUUUGAAGAUCUGGAAGCAAUAUUAAAAUUUAUCUAUCAUGGUGAGGUGGAAAUUGCUGACAGUCACCUCGUGUCUUUUCUGACAACUGCUGAGCUUCUAGAAGUCAAAGGCCUUGUUGAUUGUGACCGUAAUCCGAAUAAUACAACUAAAGGAAGCUCCGUCUAUUCUCCAGAUACUCUUACCAGCCCAUCAGAGGCUCCUAAAAGUAAAGAAAUUGAUCCAUCCCCUGAUGUAAAAUCAUUAGCACCACACACUCCUGUCACUAGCCAUUUUAAUCACUCUCCAAAAAAACGGAAACUUUCUAAAACUGUUUGUGAUUUGUUGGAGUCUGAGAACUCGAGCAAGCAGAGUCACAUUCCAACCCAAAAAGCUGACUCAUCUGACAUAAAUCCGAACAGUAGUAGCAGUUGUGGCGAAGAUUCCGGCCCUGGAGAAGAAGUUGGGCGUAAUCUCAUCAAAUCAGAGUCAAUUGAAAUAUUUCGAGUUGUUCCACAUGAGUUUUUAGACGACCCUGUCGAAGUUUUUAGUAAUACACUGAAAAGAAAAUUAGACUCAGCAAAAGAUCGAAUUGACAGUCGAAAGACAACAGUGGUUUCAUCAGAAUUUACAAGGUGUAGUCCAAAAUUUUUGAACCCUCCUUUCGAUCAGAACUCAAAUCGCCAUGAUUUUGAAUUGGAAUUGAUGCAAGUGAAAGAAGAAGGAGAUUUGACAGAUGAAGUGGAUGAUACUCUUUCAAAUGCCUCUGAGUCACCAAUUAAAGAUCUGUCCAACUUUGAAGCAAGCACCUCUGAUUCAUUGAACACUUCUACUGGCUGUGAAGAUCGUUUUACUUGUAAAAUUUGUGGGAAUGCAUACAAACACUUUAAUUCCUUGUCAUCACACAUGAAGAAGCACAAAGGGCAAACCGUUUGUCCUCUGUGUUUCAAAGCCUUGAGCACAAGAUCAAAACUUCGUCGACAUCUAAUUUUGAAUCACUCUGUUCAUCCGAAUGACGCUGCCAAUAUGAUCCCAUUGUAUUCUAGGGGACCAUCAAGUACAAAAAUAUCUCUCAACAGUUUUAUAUCUACCUGAGUUAGAGACAACUGAUCUUCAAUAUUUCAUUAAUGUUACCAACCGGUUUACGCAUUUGUUACCCCUUGAAUCUUUCAAACUACAAGUUUGUGAGAACAUUUAAAAUUUUGAAGUAACCAAUUGGUCUCAAGUAUUUUGUGGUAAGAUAAUAAUACUGGCAUAUAGUUAUUAUUUUCCCGGGAAAUGGGCAAAAUUGUAUUAAAUACUGAUCGUUAGAUCCCAACCUGUAUCAGGCCUUUGUAUUAGGCUUCUAUUUGAAUCUUGCUACCAAUUUUUAUUUCUGAAACUUCACCAUUUCUAAUUGAAACAAAUUUCAAUUUCAACUGCCUGUUUUCUUUACCAUUCACCUGAAAUCAAAUUUUCGUUAAUUUUUGUAAAAAGUUGACACGCAGUACCGUUUUAAUGUAUGUCUCUUGCUGAAACAGCAUUUUCCCCCUUAUAGAUAGUUACCAGUUAAUUUGAGUUUAAGUUUUUUCACGUAAUUAAAGAAAAACUUGGUGAUUUUGAACUCUUCCAAAAUUUUUUAACGUUUGAUUGUUGCAUUAAAUUUCUAACAUUAAUCACAAUACUAUUAUUCUUGCCGUUUCCAAAAUGGUGGGGCACAACCAAAUCUAGUCAUCCUUACUCUUACUUAACUUUUUACGUUUUGUUAUGUCCUUUUUUCUGUUGAUUUCUAUUAUCAUUCAUUUAUUUUCUCUUCUCUUUCAUAAGAGUCAAAUUAAAAAUUAACUUUCAUUGUUCCAAUUUUGUUACCCUGAAUCAAACUGAUACAUGAUGUAUUUGAUACAUCCAAUGUAUCAUUUGUCUAAUAUUUUCUUUCAUCUUUCAGUUUAUUUAUUUUUUCCCCAUUCUUUUUUUGUUGUGUUGUGCAGUAUUUAUUUAGACAUUAAUUUUUACGUUUAGGUAUGUCCAGUUUUUUCAUUCCUAAUUUAAGGCUAGAGUGCCUUUGGUAUCAUCUUAUUUCUUUUUAGCAGUGAUAAGACUGCUUAAAUUUCAGUGAGCUUUCUGACCAAGUUAUGCUGCAUUGACUAAAUUGUAAGUUGUCAUGUCCGAAGUUUUCAAUUCAGAUUGAAACCGGGAAAACAUACUUCUAAGAGCAUUUAAAAGUAUGAGCCUGUCUUUUUCCUGUGAUUGAUUGCAAGAUUUAAAUCGAAUUAGAGAUGACCUACAAUCUUUAAGUAUUGGUCAUUUCACCAGAUUGAAACCAACAAGUACAUAAUAGGAAAAUUAAUAAUUCCAAAUUUCUGCAUGUUUAGAAUUAUUUAAUUUUCAACCACCGUUCACAUGUUUUGCCUCAAAGCGGUAUCACAAUUUUGAUCCUUGUCACACUUGUCAUUUUUAAUGGAUCGUAUUUGAUACUUCAAACAGAUGAGAUUCUAUCGAUAUCGAUCGGUUCAAUUCGUAAGCAAAGCCUCAAAAGUCAAUUGGGUAAUCUGUGGGAAAGGGGUUUUUUGGGUGUUAAAGAUUUUUGAUUCUUACAAGAACAAUAUGGCAAUGAAAAGUGAAAUUUUUAGAAAUUUCCUCUUUUCCAGCUUUUUCAACUUGAAUCCUAAAAUUUUUAUUUGUGGUUAUGCUCUACUGGUUUGAACCAAACGAUACUUCGAAACACUAUUGAAUACGAUCUAUCAUUUUGAUCACAAUACUAUUUUCAUUUAUUUUUAAAUUUGACCCUCUCUAGAAUCCAAAUCAAUAGCAAGAGUGUCGCUAUUCUUCUGUUAAUUUUAUUGUACCAUGAAUGAAGUGAAACAAAAAUUUAAAAAGGACUUAAAUAAAUGAUCAGGUAAAAUGAUAUGAUUGUAAAACACCCAUACCACAAUUGGUUUUAUGUAAAUUGGAAACUCCAACAAAAAAAAUAUUUCACUGAAUAAUAAAAAUACUUGCCUAAACCUUUAUGUAACUACAAAAAUUGUCAACUUACAUGUGAACAUCAAUCCUGAAUUUCAAGGAUCAUUUUAUACGCAUUGACCCAAUUUUUUGGAAUGAGCCGUGGCAGUGUUAUCUUUCAUUCAAAGCUCAUACAAUCAGUCUCACUCAUCCUCCAUUUUAUGUGAAGUUUACAUCCCCCCCCCCUCCCUAAUGGAAUUUUGUUGGUUCUUUUCAUAGGCUCCAAGCUCUAUUGUCUAUUCUGGAUAAAUUGCAGUGAUCUGUUAAUACCCCCCUUCCCCUAAAAAUUAGGUAUAAUACAUAUUAAUAAGUAAGUACAUUAACUAUUGAAGUAUUACAACAUCUAACUAUGUAUUUGAAUAAUUUACUUACGCAUUAUCAUACAUUAAUUUAGUAAAGUUUGAAAUUAAAAGUGUAGUCAGAACUAUGCCUCUCCAUUGCUGAGGUUGAUAAAUUUGCUCAAAUAGUUUUAAGCAACUUUCACUGACAUUACUUGUUGAAAUGUUUAUUUUUUUGUGGUGAGUCAUUGUAAAGUUACCAAUUUGGAUUGAUGAGUUAAUUUAUCUCUUCGAUAGAAAUGCUCAGCUGCCCAGCUGUGCUUUCUUUCAUGAAUACCCUCAGCCUCUGUAUUAGCAAAGCAGUACCUAAGUGAUAUCACAUUUCAGAACAUGAAAGUGUCAAUUGUUAAUUGUUCUUCUUUUUUCUUUUUCUUUUUUUUUUGGUUGUUGAGGACGAAUAUUAUUUAAUAAAUAUGCCUUUUCUCUCGUAA